AUGUUCUCUUCAGCCAGACCCCAACUGGCGAAAAGCCAAUUACAUACUCAACAACUCCGUCACGCCUCGCUUCUUCGCCGUCCCAAACGCCCAUACACCUUUACCCAGCUCAUCACGCUCAGCGACGGCAGCACCUUCCUGCACCGAACGACAUCUCCACAACCUGUAUACCGCAGCACGAAGGACACCAAGAAUCAUGCAAUGUGGAACCCGAGCAGUCAAAAGCUGUUGAACGUCGAGGAGGAUGAAGCGGGUCGUCUGAAGAGAUUCAGGAAGAGGUUUGGCAGGGGAUUUGAUGUGGAAGCUCUGAUGGGAGAAGGCGAGGAAGGCGCUGCGGAGACUCGAGCGGCAGAAGAUGACGAUGACGCGAAUCUCUUGGACUUGAUCUCGGACUUCACGCAGGACUCGGCCAAGAAGGGCAAAGCUGCCGGUACUACUGAGCCAAAGAAGCGAAGUGGGAAAGGCAAGGGAGCGGAGAAGUGA